UUACCUGUGGGAAUGGAGCAGUGUAGAGAAAGGGGAUUUCUGGAGGAACAAGAUGACCCUCUAAGGGAAAUAUAUGUGCUUUGUAAGGAGCUGUUAAUAAGGCAGAAACCCAGAGGGUGAUCUCUGCAUGCACACAGCCCACAGUGAGCAUAUUUUGGCGUGGAGGAGGAAUACCACAGCCCCAAACUCCUGAGGUUAUUAUGUGAAUCCAUGGAAAAUGUGCUCCUGAAUCACACAACAGGGGAUUGUUCUCUCUGCAGGCACUGGGUGCUCUCAAAACACACUCUAAUGGAAGAUCUGAAAGUGCACACUAAAGACAAUUUUAAAAAAUAUUUUUGGAAGUUUAUUGCUAUGAAUCUGUUCAGGGCAGAACCUUGUCUUAGGGGAUGCUGGUAGUCUGCUGGGAGCAGAUUUGAAUGCUGGCCCAGCUGCAGUUCUGGUGGGAUGGGGAGGAUUGUGCUGUGCAUGACUGCCAUGGAGCCCACACUCCACAGUGGACUCAUCUGGUAACACCUCAUGUUGGGCUGCAUGCAAGGAGCAGGAAGCCUGAGCUCCGUUUGCCUUUCUGACAGGGACAUGGAUCCGUCUGUGUGUCCCAGAGCAGGGACACUGCUGUCAUUGGGAGUGCUUCCAGCACCUCGGCAGGGCUGUGAGGACACUGGUGAGAUAAUUACGGAUACCUCAAACCAGCCUUAUCUCUUGCACAGAGCAUGAGCGCUCGAUGGCACCCCGAAAGAAGUUAAAGGGUCUCGUAGCUGCUACCAUCACUCCAAUGACUCCGGACGGAGUGAGAUUCCCCUGUCUCUGCUUCCUUCUGUUGCCAGCAAGUACUAUGGCUUUCGCUUUGGAGAGUUUGGAUCAAUCUCAUAUCUCCAUUUCUGUUGCUUUAAAAAUUAACCUCCCAGUGAUUCGUCAGUACGUGGAUUAUCUGGUAAACGAGCAGAAUGUGAAGAACGUUUUUGUGAAUGGCACAACAGGAGAAGGCCUAUCCCUUAGCAUCCAGGAGAGGAAGCAGUUGGCAGAAGAAUGGAUGUGCCAGGGAAAAGACAAAUUGGACCACGUGAUCAUUCAUGUGGGAGCACUGAAUCUGCCAGAGUGCCAAGAGCUGGCAAGACACUCAGCAGCCAUAGGUGCUGAUGGCAUUGCUGUCAUAGCCCCCUUCUUCUUCAAACCCACAAACAAAGAUGAGCUGGUUGCUUUCUUACAGAAGGUUGCAUCUGAAGCCCCUGAGGUGCCAUUUUAUUACUAUCACAUUCCUCCUCUGACGGGUGUGAAGAUUCGUGUGGAGGAGCUGCUGGAUGGGAUAAAAACACAGAUCCCCACCUUCCAGGGUGUGAAGUUCAGUGACACGGACCUCUUGGACCUGGCACAGUGCAUCCACAAGAAUGGAACAGGGGAGUUUGAAUUUCUUUAUGGGGUGGAUGAGCAACUGUUGGGUGCACUGGCACUAGGGGCAAAUGGAGCAGUUGGAAGUACAUACAACUAUUUGGGCCGACAAACCAAUCUGAUGUUGCAAGCCUUUGCAAAGCCAGACUUUGCCUUGGCACAGCAGUAUCAGUUUCUCACUGGGGAAUUUCUCAACUUUGUCAUCAAACUGGGGUUUGGUGUUGCACAGACUAAAGCUGUAAUGACUUCUGUCUCUGGCAUUCCCAUGGGACCUCCACGGCUUCCGCUUGUUGCUGCCUCCAGUGAGUUCAUUGCAAAGGCCAAAGCCAAGCUGGACAGCAUUGUGUGGCCUAAUGGUGACUGAUCAUGGAGUCAUGGAAUCAUUACAUGGAGAAAGACCUCUAGGACCACCAGGCCCAACCACUAACCUGACACUCCUGAGUGCACCACUAAGCCACAUCCUCAAGUGCCACGUGUAUGAUGUUGUUCACUUCAUGUCCAUCUGGAGGUUUCUUUUCUGGGAUUCUCUGCCAUGUGACACAUCCCCCACAUGAUGGGCAGGAUUUCUUUCAGGGAACUGGCAAUGUGCCCAAGCCCCUUCCUGUCAGGGCUGGCUUUGCUGGGGCACAUGUGCCUGACAUUUUACACUGCUCCCCUGGAGCUCUGCACGUUCCAGGACUGACUGGAAUUGUUUAAUUAAAAAAUACAAUUUUUUCCCAGUUGGAGGAGAAUGCUGAUGACUUUUGCCUAGAAAGGAGGAAGAUCUGUCUCUACCCACUCUCAGCUGGAUGGUGUUUUGUCCUCUCCAUGAGGACACUACAUUGUGGAUUUAAACAACAGUAUGACACCAUCAGGUUGCUCAGGCUGGUAUCUGUUCAUCAGAGUCACUGGGACAUUGUCUGUGCAUGUAAAAUCCUGCUUCUGUCUGAUCUCUGUGUUUCUACACCUUAAUGCAAAAUUAAAAAAAGAAGUCCCUUUUGUGACAGCAAA